AGAAACAUUAGAAACAAACAAUAACACUACCGGACGAGGUGACGCCCGAUUAAAUCUUAAAAAAAUUGCUUUUAUUUCGUUUUGGCGUCGUAAUAUUACAUAGUUUUAGCCUGAAACUAUCACAAUAAAACGUAUAAAAUAUAAAACACGUUUUAUUACCGUUAAUAUUAAAAUUUUGAGGUAUAGUUAGAUAUUCGUCACCGAGCGCGGGAGUAUCAAACUAAAAUAAUCACACGGGCUCACAUUAAUUCAACUCUGGCUUCUAGUGAAACAAAAAUGGUGUCUACAAGAGGAGUACGUUACAAAUUCACUGAGGGUGAACGUGUUUUAUGUUAUGAACCAGAUCCCACAAAAGCUAAAGUCCUGUACGAUUCAAAGGUAUUAGAAGUGAUAGAAAGCAAGGACAAGCGGGGUAGGAGAUCAGUGGAAUAUCUGAUACAUUUUCAAGGCUGGAAUUCCUCAUGGGACCGAUGUGUGAGCGAGGAUUUUGUGUUAAAGGACACAGAAGAAAACCGGCAGCUACAACGAGAUCUUGCUGACAAGUCACAAUUGCAACUUGGCGCGUACUUGUACCGGCGCGAGCGCAAGAAGGGCAGCGGCGCGGGCCCGGCCAAGCGCGCGCGCCACGGCUUCAGCGACGACGGCUCCUCGUCCAGCACGCAGCCCGACGACGGAUCGACGUGUGACACGGACUCGUCCAUGGGCUCGGGCUGCAGCAGCCCGCACUCGCCGCCGCCGCACCAGGGCCGCGCGCACAUCACGCUGCCCUCCGCGCUCAGAGACCGCCUGACGUUCGACUACCACCUGGUGGUGAAGCGGGGCCGGCUGUCGCGGCUGCCGGCGACGCCGAGCGCGGCGCAGGUGCUGGAGUCGUUCGUCAAGUGGUUCGCGCGCGCCGGCGCCUGGCAUCCGCAGCGCCCGAGACACGAGCCCCCCAUGAAGCCCGACUUGCGCGACGUCUCCUGCAGAUUGAACCUGGUGCGCGAGGUGGCGGACGGACUGCGCGUGUACUUCGACUUCGUGCUGCGCGCGCAGCUGCUGUACAAGCAGGAGCGACAGCAGUACCACGAGGUGUGCGGACAGUUCCUGCACGAAGAUGAGACAGAGGAGGAGGAGCUGAAAUCCGAGGUGGAGGAAGAAGAAGGCGCGUGUGAGGAGACGGCGGCGGCGGCCGAGGGCGCGGAGAAGGAGGAGCCGGAGGACAUCAAGAGCCCGAAGAUACCCGAGUACUCGCACUUGCCGCCCGACCCUACCGAGGCGGACCCUGCACCCGCAGCAGCAGAAGAGCAAUCCAACAAUCACGACGAGCCAGCGGGCGCUAGUGAGGAAGCCAACAAUACCAACAACGCGACCAAUAACAAGGAGCCCGCCAAGAGCGAGCCGAGCGCCGACGAGGCCGACGGCAAGCGCGAGGCGCGCCCCGCCACGCGCAGCGGCAACGUCAACCGCCGGUUGCGGUCGCACAAGUCGGCGGUGUCCCAAUCGGAGAACGAGGAGCCCGCGCCCUGCACGUCCACGGGCGAACAGCGCGCGUUCGAGACUCUCUCAUCCAGCGUGGACAGCAGCGGGUCGUCGCUGAGCGAGUGCUGGGCGCGUUCGGCGCAGGCGCAGGAGCCCGCCGCGCCGCCGACGAGGACGCCGCUGUCUCUGCUGCUCGAGAAGGUAGCCAAAUGGCAGAUAAUCCCUCGAGAGGGCACAGAGCAUCUCCCGUGCCGGGUCUACGGCGCCAUACAUCUUGCUAGACUCUUUGUGAAAUUACCGGACUUCUUAAAUGCAACGCAGAUGCCAGAUUUCAAAUUGAAACUCAUCCUAAAGCAUAUUGAUAUGUUUGUCCAGUACUUGGACGAGCACAGUGAAUGGUUCGGAGAGAUGUACUACAUAGCGGACAACGUGUCGCGGUCACAUUGAACAUACCUAAGUACUUUCAUCGAAAUAAUUACAUAGUUGCAACUUCUAAAUAUUUAGAUUAUAAACUGGUACCUAGCUUCUUUUAUUUUAAGAAGUUCUGUUGAUGUAUGUAGGAUAUUUUUUUUACAUUUUACCCUUUAUAGGGCAGCGGUCUCAAAAAAGACCAGCCUAUAACAUCAUGCUUUUUUAUUUUUUUCCUUUUUAAAAGGGUUAAUAAAGCAGAUUCAAUUCAUAUGUAAUGUGGUUUACUAAUUAUUAGAGAUGGGCCGAAUUUGGAAUUUUCCGAAUACGAAUAUUCGGUUCAGCUUCAGGUCAUACCGAACCGAAUAUUCGGUUGGGCUAAAACUGCCUAAAACAAGUUCAUACAGGUCCGCGACCUGCACUCCGCACGUGUUUUGACCUCUCCCCUGACCGCACCCGCACCAGCUAGCGGAUUCCCUUAAAGAAGAAUUUGUUUCAUCGGUAAACAUUCGGCAGUUCGAACUGAAGUAUUCGGCAGAAUACGAACAUAAAAAAAUAUGCCGAAUACCGAAUAAUUACCAAAUAUUCGGCCCAUCUCUACUAAUUAUGAAUUCUUGAGUUCAAGAGAAAUUACAUUAUAAAGACUGCCUAUGUCCCACCCAUGUUACAUAAAAAUCGGUAUCCAAAAUUGUUGUUUCAGAGCAUAGUUACAUAAGGUGACAAGCGAGUUUACAGUCCCUUUCUUGAUAACCUAAGUUAUUAGCUCUGGGUUUAAAUUUUCUAGUCUUCCACGUAAUUCGAUAUUUAUACUCUGGCAAACCCACUUUGUCAGUAGAAAAGGCGCCAAAUCUCAAAUUCAAGGUCAACCCUUCGCGCUUACUUUUUUAAAUUUGCCUUUUUCAAUUGAAGGAAAUGGCUUGCCAAACUAUAUCUAUAUAUGAUAAUAAUUUCUGUUGGUCACCAAUUAAUCAUCAGCAAAGCUUUAAGAUGUUUAAGACAAGUGUUUUAUCAAUGAUUUCGCAAUCAUAGAUUAUUUUUAUCUUUGUGAUUUGACUUUAGGGUCAACAAUUAUUACACUUAUUUUUGUUGUGUAACAGAUUUAUGUGCCUUUUAUAUUUGGUGAAUGACAAAGCAGUAUGCAAUUAUGUAUCGCAAUUGUAAUACCGUAGACAUAAAGUUAUCGAUUCUAAGAGUUGUAACUGUAAGAAUUUUUUUUUUGUGACAAAUCAUUAUUUUGUUUACCUCUAGUUAAUAUAAAUAUUA